AGGCCCAAUGAACAAAUCAUUGGGAUUGCAUGUUUCCACAGGCCGGCCGGCGGCCCAGUUUGCCCGACUAAAAUUUUGGGCGACCAUUUCACUCUUUUGCAGUGAAGAAAUGAUUUGCUCUUAAUUCCAAACAACACAUAUUUCCAUAUCUUCGUCCAUCCACAGUUUUCAUUCCAUGAAGUCCGAGAACCCAAUUUUCAACCACCCAACCCUCCAGCUCUUAGAAAAAUGCGAGACCCUACGCACCCUCAAGCAACUCCAUGCCCACAUGAUCACAACCGGUCUCGCCCUCCACACUUACCCUCUCAGCAAACUCCUCCUUUUAUCCUCCACCCUUGCCAUAACCUACGCACUCUCCAUCUUCAACCAAAUCCCAAACCCAACAAUCUUCCUCUUCAACACUCUCAUUUCCUCUCUCACCAAUCACAGACACCACACCCACAUAGCCUUCUCCCUCUAUAACCGCGUUCUCUCCCACAAGAUCAUCACACCCAAUAGCUUCACCUUCCCAUCUCUCUUUAAGGCCUGCGGAUCUGACCCAUGGUUCUACCACGGUCGAGCCCUUCACACCCAUGUCUUGAAAUUCCUUGGACCCGCGUGUGACCACUUUGUUCAGGCCUCAUUGCUCAACUUCUAUGCCAAGUGUGGCAAAGUUGGUGUGUCUAGAUAUUUGUUCAAUCAGAUUAGCCAACCAGAUUUGGCCACGUGGAACUCUAUUUUAGCCGCAUAUGCACGUAGUGCUAGUUCUGGUUGUGAUACUAGUUUGUCCUUGGAGGUUUUGUGUUUCUUCAAUGAGAUGCAAAGUUCUUCUAUUAGGCCAAAUGAAGUUAGCAUAGUUGCUUUAGUUAGUGCUUGUGCUGAUUUGGGUGCGCUUAGUCAAGGUGCAUGGGCACACACUUAUGUAUUGAAAAACAAUCUUAAGCUGAACCGCUUUGUGGGAACCGCACUGCUUGAUAUGUACUCAAAAUGUGGGUGUCUGGAUUUAGCGUACCAGUUGUUUGAUCAAUUGCGUGAAAGGGACACAUCAUGUUACAAUGCGAUGAUUGGUGGGUUUGCUGUUCACGGUUACGGGCAUCGGGCACUUAGCCUUUACGAGAGAAUGAGACUUGAGGGAUUAGUUCCGGAUGAUGUAACGUUUGUAGUUGCCAUGUGUGCUUGCUCGCAUGUAGGUUUGGUAGUGGAGGGUUGUGAGAUUUUUGAGUCUAUGAAGGAGGUUUAUGGGAUUGAGCCAAAACUUGAGCAUUAUGGGUGCCUGGUGGACCUUCUAGGCCGAGCGGGGAGGCUAAAGGAGGCUGAGGAAAGGGUUAGGACCAUGCCCAUGCACCCGAACGCCAUUUUGUGGAGGUCUUUACUUGGGGCAGCAAGGGUUCAUGGAAAUUUGGAGAUAGGAGAAGUUGCACUCAAACACUUGAUACAACUAGAACCAGAAACUAGUGGGAACUAUGUGCUCUUGUCAAAUAUGUAUGCAAGUAUUGAUAGAUGGGAUGAUGUCAAUAGAAUUAGAAAGCUGAUGAAAGAUCAUGGGAUUAACAAAAUGCCCGGAAGUAGCUUGGUUGAGAUUGGCGGUGCCAUGCAUGAGUUUCUCAUGGGAGACAAGACACACCCGUACUCAAAAGAGGUUUAUUUGAAGCUUGAAGAGAUAAACAGAAGAUUAUCAGAAUAUGGUCACAAGCCAAGAACAAAAGAAGUGUUAUUUGACAUUGAAGAGGAAGAAAAGGAAGAUGCUCUCUCUUACCAUAGUGAGAGACUAGCAAUAGCUUUUGCUCUUCUUGCUUCUGAUUCGACUAGUGUCCCUAUCCGAAUCAUUAAAAAUCUUCGAGUUUGUUAUGAUUGUCAUGUGAGUGCUAAGCUUAUUUCUUUGAUAUAUGUAAGAGAAAUUAUAGUGAGAGAUCGAAAUCGGUUUCAUCAUUUCAAAGAUGGAAUGUGUUCCUGUUUGGAUUAUUGGUGACAAGUUGUUUACAUUACAAUGUCGAUAACUGCAUCUAGAAAGCAAAAAGA